CAAAUCCCUUUUAUAUUUACGUAAUACUUAAACUUUCAACGCGUAACCGUUUUUUACGUGGAAAAAUCAAUCUUAACACAUUUUAACUUUGCUAUGAACAACUUAAAUCGUUUGCCAAGGCUUUUAGGCCAAACGAAAAGACAUUGCUUCAGAAAGAUUGUUUAUGCAAGAAAUGCAUCAACAUUGAUUGUUGCCGACCAUGAUAACAAAGCAUUGCUUCCUUCUACACUAAACACCAUCACUGCUGCUAAGAAACUUGGUGGUGAUGUGACGUGCCUUGUGGCUGGUUCCAAGUGUGGACCGGCUGUUGAGGAACUAAGCAAGGUUGGAGGGAUUGGUAAAAUACUUGUUGCUGAAAAUGAGGCAUAUGAAGGCUUUCUUGCAGAGGUUAUGGCACCUUUGAUAUUUGCUUCUCAACAGCAAUUUGGUUUCUCUCAUAUUGCUGGAAGUGCAACAGCUGUUGGCAAGAACAUUUUACCAAGAGUUGCAGCUUUAUUGGAUGUUUCUCCAAUUUCGGAUAUAACUGACAUUCAAUCGGAGGAUACAUUUGUACGGUUGAUCUAUGCUGGAAAUGCUGUGACUACAAUAAAAUCAAAUGACAAGGUCAAAAUAUUCACCGUCAGAGGAACUUCGUUUGAAGCCUCCCCUCUUGAUGGCGGCGAAGCGCAACAGGAAAAUGCUCCAGAGGCUGAUACAGGCAAUCCAUUCUCAGAGUUCAUCAAUCAAGAACUGAGUAAAAGUGACAGACCUGAAUUGACCAGUGCUGGUGUGGUCAUCUCUGGAGGACGAGGAAUGAAGAAUGGCGAAAACUUUGAACUGCUCUAUUCUCUAGCAGACAAACUUGGAGCAGCUGUUGGUGCUUCUCGUGCUGCGGUUGAUGCUGGCUUCGUUCCCAAUGAUAUGCAAAUCGGACAGACUGGAAAAGUAGUUGCUCCUGAAUUAUAUAUAGCAGUGGGCAUUUCUGGCGCUAUACAGCAUCUUGCUGGCAUGAAGGAUAGUAAGGUCAUCGUAGCAAUCAAUAAAGACCCCGAAGCACCUAUAUUCCAAGUCUCUGAUUAUGGUCUAGUUCAAGAUCUCUUUAAAGCUGUUCCCGAAUUAACAGAAAAAUUAUAAAAUAAAUUAAACAUGAACUCGUAUAUAAUAAAACCGUGCAGGAGACAUGUUAGACCAGAUGGGUAAACGUAAUCUUGAAAUGUACAUAACCUUGCAGAACUUUAUCUGACGGAAAAGCUUUGAAACAAGUUUACAUUAAUUACAUGUACGACUUUAUGCUUGUUUGUUUAUGUCGUAUGUACAUCGCGACGUUUUUGAAUAAAACUAAAUAU